AAAGUUGGACAGAGAAACCUGUUGUUUGAAGUUGAAGUGAAAAACAUCUGAGAAAAGAAGUCGGAGAGAUGGAGCAAACCGAGGUAGUGAAGCCAGAAACUCUGGACGACCUGAUUAGAAUCCUGCACAAAAUCUUCGAGGGUGACUGCAUCAAUGUAGAGGAGGUGCAAGAUAUAAUGGAAGCAUAUGAGAGCAAUCCGCAGGAAUGGAUGAAAUAUGCUAAGUUUGACCAGUACAGGUACACAAGGAACCUGGUUGAUGAGGGAAACGGAAAGUUCAAUCUCAUGAUUCUUUGCUGGGGAGAAGGACACGGCAGUAGCAUCCACGACCACACAAACUCGCACUGUUUCAUGAAGAUGCUGCAGGGCCAGCUGAAGGAGACGCUGUUCGACUGGCCUGACGAUAAAUCAAAAGGAGACAUGGUGCAGAAGUCGCAGAGAAUUCUCCAGGAAAACAAUGUCGCUUACAUAAAUGACUCCAUGGGCCUGCAUCGUGUGGAAAAUGUCAGCCACACAGAGUGUGCAGUCAGUUUGCACCUGUACAGCCCUCCUUUCCAAGUCUGCCAGGCCUUUGACCAGAGGACAGGCCACAAGAACACCGUCAAGAUGACCUUCUGGAGCAAAUAUGGAGAGAGGACUCCUUUUGAAACUACAAUUUCACAAGAGAACAACUAAUGGUGACCAAAGGAGGCUCUGGAUGAUGAAGACGGUUGCAUUUAAAGUGACAAUGUUGUGAAAAUGAUUCAAGGGAAACUGCUAGGGGAAGCUAAAUGUGGACCUACUAUGACUAAGCACCCAUUUAAAAAAUCAGGAACUGGCCAGUUCAAAAGGACAACCCAGUAAUUAGAAUGGCUUUAUCACUGCCCAGUGCGAGCUUGGCAAAUACUGAUGAGCACAGGACGAAUGCAUGAAUAGGCUUGGACAUGGAUUGAAUCUGCCUUUUGUUUGCCGGGCCUGAGGAGACCCUUUUCCAAUAACAACAUUCCUGUCUCACCACGACCUGUGUAUCCACACUUUUGUAAAAGUUAUGGCCCAUAGUCAAAAAGUAAAGCUUCAGCAUUUGGAAAAAAAAAGAAGGGUAACAUAGUGCUCUUAUAGUGUUUCUCUUAAUUUUUAUAUUUCAAGGAAAGACAAACAGUUGCAGUCAACAGAUUUGUUAUCAAUGGAGCACUUUUUAUAGUUGUAUGUACUGUUGAUUUAUACCACUCGAAAAUUGUCUUAACACCUGUUGAAAAUUGUGACAAUGUUUGUAUAAUCUAAUUAAAACGAAGAAACGUUUGUUUCAUUUGCGUUCGCAAAAAAGACAUGUAAAGCUUUAGAGUUGUGUUGUUUUGAAAAAUGCCAUGGUUGUAAUUUAUUUGCAGGUUUUUCUGUUCACGGUGGGAGUGUUUAAAUCAGCGAGGCCGCCGUUACUCCUAAAUGUGUUCAUACGUGACUUUUUUGACCAAGAGAUUCUUGUGAAGGGAAUAUUUUUUAUGAUAUGAAGACGACAGUUUUAGAUUAAACUCAAUCUCUUUCUCAGGAUUUAGGCAUAUUUUAACUGUAGCUGUAUUUAUAUAGUGUGUAGUUCUUACAGCAGAUCAUUUCUCAUAGCGCCGUUUAAAGUAUGCAUGCUUCCUGUGAUGCAGUAAACAAUAGAACUGGCCAUAACUGUAGACCAAUAAACACUUUAACCCUUUCACAGAA